AUGGAUAUAGAGAUAACCUUCUCUAUAAUGCAACUUGCAUUUGGAAAAACAGGAAAAUUAAUAGUAGAAAUAUCAAUGUAUACUGAGAUCUACAUGGUUUCAAUAGGUUUUUUGAUUCUAGAAGGAGACAAUUUGAGUAACUUAUUUUCUAUGGAAGAGUUUCAUGUGGCUGGUAUAUCAAUUGGUGCAAAGCAAUUCUUUAUGAUAUUGGUUGCUCUAAUUAUUUUGCCGACGAUUUGUUUGGAAAAUCUGAGUUUGAUUUCUUAUAUAUCUGCAAGUGGUGUCUUUGCUUCUGUUAUUAUCAUUUUGUCAAUAUCAUGGACUGCAAAAUUUGAUGGAGUUGGUUUUCAUCAAAAGGGUGAUUUGGUAAAUUGGAAUGGUAUCCCUACAGCUGUUGGCUUGUAUACAUUUUGCUAUAGUGCACAUCCCAUUUUUCCAGUUCUUCACACUUCCAUGAAGAACAAACGUCAUUUCUCAUAUGUCCUAUAUGUAUGCUAUAUAUUAGCAACGGCUAUUUUUGCAUCAAUGGCUAUAAUUGGUUACUUAAUGUUUGGUUCAAAAGUUGAAUCACAAGUAACAUUAAACUUGCUACUAAACAAAAUAUACACAACCUUGGUGACUCCAAUGUCCAAGUUUUCUUUGAUGAUAUUUCCAAUUACGAAUGCUUUAAAAGAUUUACUUCCAAGGACUUACAAGAAUAAUAAAAUGGCCAACAUCUUUUUAAAUACUAUUCUUCUAAUUAGUAUGGUGAUUAUUACAUGGACUAUUCCAUUUUUUGGAUCUCUCAUGUCAUUGAUUGGAGCAUUUUUAACUGUUAUGGUUUGUAUUUUACUUCCGUGUUUGUGUUACUUAAAGAUUUCAGGCACUUAUAGGAAAUAUGGGUUUCAGACAAUGGUGAUAGUGGCAAUAAUAUUAGUUUCUAUAGUAAUGGGAAUUUCAGGGACUUACACUUCAAUUGUUGAACUAGUACAAAAGUCUUAUAACAACUAG